ACCAUCAUCUCAUCAACAUGCUUAGCUGGCUCAUCAAGACGGGCAUCGUUGGGCUCUGCCUCCUGCAGGCCGCGAUGUGCGCCGACAUUGCCAUCCAGGUUGGACAGGACAUGACGGGCCAAAGCGUGCUUCAGUUCUACCCAAACACGACGACAGCCAAGCAGGGAGACAAUCUCGUCUUCCAUUUCCACAGCUCGACACACACGGCCACGGGAGCAAAGGGCAACUCGGCCGCUGAUGCCUGCUCGCCAGGCACCUUUGGCGAGCAGACGGUGCAGGCCGACGGCUCCACCUACACCUACCCCGUGACGACGACGGACCCCCUGUACUUUAUGUGCCUGCCCCACUGCUCCCUCGGCAUGGUCAUGGUUGUCAAUCCUGCCGACCAGUAUGCCCUCGGAGACUAUGUUGCUGCAGCCACCGGCCAGCCCGCGCCGGCUCAUGGCAGCUCCAGCAGCAGCGGCUCGGUCAGCAACGCCGUCGAAGAGAAGUUCAACAAGGUCCGCCGCAUCUUCCUUGUCCACAUGCUCUUCAUGAUCAUCGGCUGGAUGCUUCUCAUCCCAAUUGGUGCCCUCAUCGGCCGCUACAGCCGACUGCGUUACGACUGGGUCCCUGCGCAUCGUGGCGUGCAACUCUCUGCCUACCUCUUCGUUUUCAUCGGCUUCUUCCUGGCCGUAGCCGGUGUCUCCACCGCCGGAGGACACCACUUUGCGACGCUGCACAUGGAGCUUGGACUUGCGCUCUUCCUGCUGCUCUUUGUCCAGCUCGUGCUGGCCCAGGCCGGUCGCACGCUCAACAAACGCCGCGGCAACCGAUACCUGAGCUUUGUCCACAUUGUCACCGGCAUCGUCCUCUUUGCGCUUUCGGUCUGGAACGUGCACGAGGGCUUCAAGAUCUGGCCCGCGAUCAACCAGGGUCCCAAGUGGCAGCCGCCCCGCUAUGCCAGCUACAUUAUAUACGGCUGGACGGGCCUUAUUUUCCUCCUCUACGUCGGCGGCUUCGCGCUCUUGCCAAAGGAGCUCAAGCGUGGCCGAGAGGGCAAGCACAACCCGAGCGAGUCCGUGGCGAGAGAAGACAAGCCCCUCACCCAGGAAGCAUCUUCCUGAUUCCCCGUCCUAGCCUUCACAUCUCAAGAUCCCCGAUAAGAUUGUCAAGCGUGCGCGAAAGAUAAUGUGUUAAUCCCCCUGACUUCACCGGUACACUGGACGUAGGGUGCCUGUGAGGUUUCCGGUGUGCAGAGGAUCGCGGAACUGAUCCGAGUCGCCUCCUCUCUUGCCCUUCUACCUACCUCUUGUCUGAGGUAUGCUAACCAGAAAGCUUUCCUUCGAAACAACGCAGAGAGCC